GAAACAGUGUGAUUGUACACAACUAUUCAUCUCGAUUGUGCCUAGAGUAACUAACACGAUUGACCAAUCAAAAGGCUUCAAUAAGCUUUCAGACAGCAGCAGACGACAAGAAACAUAGAGGAAAUAGAAAUAUCAAAGUACUUGUGUAUAUGCAUACAUACUUUUUACUGCUUUUUACUUGUGGAUUGUAAACGUCAAUCGAAAAGGAUCUCUUGGAAUAUAAAUAUUAUUUACAAAUAAUUUCUCUCAUAGAUAUGAUAGAAAAUCUUGCAGCGAAAUUAUGUUUACUAUUGUCGGAAAAUGCCAACGCAGCCGAACAAUGGAAGCUACUGGGACAGGAAAAAGAUGGUUCAAUACUUAUUGGUUGGGUGGAGGAAUUGGAGAAGAACAAUGUACAUACAUCAUAUACUGUAAUUGGUCGUUACGACCAGAUUAACAAUAAAUUACAGGUAUUAUACCGCUUUUCGGAAGUAUUAAAUGUUGUUCAAGCUACAGUCAACCAAAGUCAUAGUUUAUUAGGAUAUGUGACGAAACAUAAGAAUAAUUUGGAGACAAAAGAUUCCUGUGAAAAUCAUUGUUCAGACAAUGUUAGUGCAACUGAUGAACUUUGCAGAGAAUUUUAUAGAGUGUUUCUCAUUGAGUUGACAACUGACGAUACCAAAAUGCAUAAUCUAGAGAUAGAGAGGUCUAAACAAGUGCGAAUACAAUUUUUAUAUAGAGAGAAAGAACAGCUUGAUGUAGAUAAGUUUUUGGUGCUAAUACAUCACGAAUGUAUCAUGAUAUAUACAGUUCAGUGUGAUACAUCUGUAAAUAACUUAAGAUUGAUAAAAGAAUUAAAAUCCGAAAUACUUGUAAAAACCUUUAUAUGGGCUCAAUGGGAUAUGAUUAAUCAAGUUCUUUAUCAUAUACAUCAUCGACGAAUACCCGCAAGCGUAGUUACUGAGAAUGACGAUGAAAAUAAUUCCAAGACUUCGAAACCGACACUCAGUGGUCUCCAAUUUCAUGAUGAUUUGCCUCAUGAAACAGUGCUGAAUAUUCCAUUAAAUUUACCGCUACUAUCGCCGUCCUCUAAUUGCGGGACUUACGAGGACGAUGUAAUACCUCUACGAGUCCACGAUUGUUCCCUAGAUCUCAUAGUAGUAUCAGAUACCAAGGGAAUGGUCUGCGUUUGUCACUACUAUCUUUAUCGACCUGUCCAGCCGCCGCAACACAUACUUAACUCCUUGAACGAGUCCAACACAGUGCACUUUGCAUACUCGGUGACGCUGUUGCACCACAGCUGCGUAAUCCAUUGCGUUAUACCGGGUAUAACAUGGUCGCGCGCCAAACUGAUGAGACCGACUUUUGCGAUCUACGGGAGCCAUCAUAUGAUAGUAUUCGUGCCGGGACUGUUCGCGCAUCUUCUCGAGAUCGGUGUAAAUCACGAGCCCUGCUGCCACAUAUUAUGCGGCCCACCGCCAUCGAUACCGUCUCGCGUUUCCUAUCUGGUACCUUUACUCGACUUGGACAAUACUAGCAAAGGAACGAGAAAGAAUUCCUACAAUUCGGACAGCAAAGUUGGUUAUUUGGAUGGAAACAAUUCAUUUGUGAAUUCUAGCAGUAUACUGACGAUAGACUUGCCUACUUUGGAUCUCGUGCCGUUGACAAUUUCUCCGGAUUUUCUCAUCGAAGUCUUUCGCAAGGAGGUCUCGGUCGAGAUUCGGCUGGGAAUACUCCAUUAUUUUCUCUGUCAUAAAAACGAUACGGAGGUUAUCGCGGAAUUAAUGUCUAUUGUCGCAGAAAAACCGCGCUCGCUGGACAUCCCGCGCUUUAUGCAAGAGAUUCUUAUAGGCGGCUCUUACGCACUAGUGCAAAAGAAUCUCCUCGUUGAUACGAUUCCAUUGCUAUCUCUGUUGCCCGUCACUACAAUCGGGGAUUAUAUGACUUUUGACAUAAAAAUGAACGAUUUGGACAUUACACUAAGCCACGAGAAACUUUGGAACACAUCGGUGAUGUUGCUAUCACCGCAGCAAAGACUUGUUCCUUAUCGUAGCGAUCUAUGGACUAGGCUGUGGGAUCAAUUGAAUAAAAAUGGUGGCGAUAAAUUAAGAUUCAAACCUAGCCAUAUCGCGGAGAAACUAUUAGUUUCAUUAGCUUGUUAUCAACCAGAAGCCUUAUCCAGGUGCAGCACUCCAAUGUCUCCAAGCGGAGGAUUUGUUGCAGUACCGCUUGGAGAUUUCAUGGGUAAUCGGAACAUCAAAUUGGAUUCGGGCUUACCGUUUAAUGAAACUGAAAGUUGCACCGCUUCGAAGCAGGAGCAUAUUGUCUCUGUCAAUUUGCGUGAACUCUCCAUGUAUCUUUUGAAAAACGGCACGCAUACAUCGAAUAUGCAUACGCGAGGCUCUUGUACCCCGUUACACGUUCAUGCCAUGGCCACGAGAUAUGUGGCUGCGCAAUUGGAAGCUUCGCGUAUAUUAUGUCAAAUACUUUGCAGAGCAGCCGGCGUUGAUCCAAGAAUCGAACAAGAACGUGGCUUUAAUCUCGUAGAUCAAUUAGACGAAGCAAGACGAUGGUUGCUGUUUAUGCUCUUGCAACGAUACAGACACGCAAUAGAGAACAUCGCAUUCCCGGCGCCACAGGGAUUCGCAUCGUUUUUUACUUAUCUCGGUUACCGCACUCUUAAAUACUCGAUGUUUCUGCAAUAUGUCGAACGUUCAGUGUUUGAACUCCAAGUUGACGUUACCAAGAUUAUUCUAGCCGAUAUAAGCGAUACAAAAGAAAAUGUCGUACAGAAGUUGAAGUUGUUGUCUUUCUUGCCGAGAUCUCGUGCAAAAAGACUCUUGAAUCAAUGGCUGCAUCCAGUUAGCUUGAUGCUGCGAGCCAGAGAACAUGCCGCUAAUAUUUUGUGCGGUGAAGUAUCCCAGAGUCGAGCUGGAAGUCGAACUUUACAACAUCGUAAUCAUCAUAAUAGUUUGGCAGCAUUUCCUUCUGCAGAUCGUUUAUCACCAUUAGAUACUUUUCUGGAUUUGCUUACUGCAAAAGCUAGUCUUACAGAAUUGGACUUUGGAUUAUUGAUAGAAGCAACAGUAACAUCUACAGAAGACUUUCUCUAAUGGAAAUUAAAUUUAGUAUUUGUAGUCACCAAAAAAUGUUAAAUGCAAUCAAUAAUUGAUAUAAUAAAAUCAAUUAUUAUAAAUAAUA